CUUAAAGUUAAAGAUGUUUUUAACCUUGUUCAUGGUUUUAUUGUGUUUCCAUAGUGUUGUCUAUGCCCAAUAUUCAGUGAGUGUGGAGAGACCAUGUCCAAUGGAAACAGUCACUUUCACCUGCACUGCUCCUGGAGAUUUCUUGAGAUGGGAACCGUCAGAUACAACUCGUCCAAUCACUGUCCUCUCCACCUCUGGUCUCAAUGUAGCCAAUGUUGUAUCAGGUUACACUGUGACACUGAUUGCAUUCAACGACACUACUUUAACGUCUACUCUGUCAAGAACAGCAGAGAAUGGGACCACUGUGUCCUGUGUGGGUAUUGUGCCUACUCUAAUCACUAUAGGAUCUUCAACAAUCCGAUUGGUUGAUCUACCAAGACCACCUUCCAUCAGACACUCCAUUCUGAGCAGCUCAGCCGAUGCAGUUAGUGUAUCUGUACUGUGGGACCCUCCUACUGAGACUGGUGGUAGAGAUGACCUCACCUACACAGUGACCGUCUUACCUCCGGCCCAGCUCUCUGCUACUGUCCUCACAUCCACCUCUGUCACUGUGACUGCUCAAUACAAUGUGGACUACACUGUCAGUGUUGUGGCUACCAACUGUGCUGGGAACAGUACAACUGCUGAGUACAACUUUAGGAUUGGCGGCUGUCCUGUACUGACCAAUCUCACGAAUGUAGCUUUUGGACCAGUCUCCAACAGAUUACAAGAAUCAACAGUAAUCAUCCAAUGUGUCUCUGGGUAUGAAAAUCCUGUUACAAUGGUGACAUGUGAUGAUGAACUGAUGUGGAGUCCAGACCCUGAGACUUUUGAUUGUAGUGGAUCACCAACCACACCUCCUCCCACAACUCCCCCUCCAAUGAACUGCAUGGCUUCACUACUACCCUCACCAAGGAAUGGCACCAUCAGUGGUCAUUUAGUACCAACUAUACCCGGUACUCAUGUGACCAUUCAGUGUAACGAUGGGCUGUUCCCUGAGGGCAUAAUUAUUGUCACCUGUCUAGCUACAGGAAAGUGGGACAGGAUCCCGGGGGAAAUUAUUUGCAGAAUUGAACCUAUUUCCUGUGUCCUGCCUGCCCCUCCCCUCAAUGGAACUUUACUCAACACGCACACUAACCUAACCGAGGGCUCAGUCAUUACCUUCCAAUGUGAUCCUGACUUCUCACUGGUGGGUGCAGCGACUGUCACUUGUAACAAUUCUGGUCUCUGGGAUCCUGACCCGGCUCAGUUGGAGUGUGUGACAGCUCCAACUGUUGCAAACUUCGUAGCUGGAGGUGUUGUAGGUGCUCUAGUUGUUGUGUCGCUUAUAAUUGUGAUAGUGCUGCUGUUGGUGGUUCUCAGGAGAAGGAGAAAAGAGAGUGUGAGGCUCAAAUCAAAUGAUAGUAUAGAAAUGGAUCAUAAGUUUGAUGGGGAAUACAGUGAACUACGACAUGACGGGCCUAAGAAUAGCUCAAAGAAGUAUCAGCCUCCAGCAGCAGAUGAAGAAGGUUACAAUAGGAUCACUCAUGACUUGAAUCCUGCUUCACAGAAUCCUGCUUCCCUCACCUAUGAUGAGGUCACCAUCAACAGUGAUAAGAAAAUAGCCGUCAAUGAAGAGGGAUACAGUGUGAUGAACACUGGACAGGAUGCUCAGAGGCUACCCGGCUAUGGUCAGCUCGGCAAUGUGGCUACAGUGGAGCCAGUGGUCUAUGCUGCCCUUAGCUCCAGCCAUCCCCACAAGAAAGGCAACACAACUACCACAGUGGACCAACAUCAGGUGACCUACGCCACUGUGGAUGUUGCUGCCACCAGUAGGAAGCAAGCCAAAGCAGCCACCCUCCCCACCAGCCCAACAGCCUCAGCCCCAGCCCUGCCUGAUGUGGACAAGCUCCUGGACAUUGACCAGGCCUUGGUCCAGAUCAGGUCAAUGGAACACAAAUGGAGGGAGCUGGCUGAGACUAUGAGGGUGCCUGAAACAAUGAUUGAGCAGAUCGAGGAUUCAUGUGGAGUCAACCAUAGUGGAUGUCUAACGGAGGUGAUCGACCAGUGGAUGAGAAACUGUUCUGGGCGACCAACCUGGAGGGAGCUGGCUGGUUAUCUCCAUAAUAUCGGGGAAGAGCAACUGUCGCAAGAACUCCUGAAUAUCUAUAAUACUGGUCGCCUCCCAGUGGAGUUGAACAUGAAGGCAGUACCAAGUACCGUGUACAAGUACGACCGAGCCCCUCCCCCUCCCCUCCCCUCUCGAUCCCCCACCAUGACAGAUGACGGUCUCGGAUUACCAAAGGCACUGCCUCCCUCACGUCCUCCUAAACUAACUAUUGAGAUAGUUCCAGCCCGUCCCCCUAAACCAGCCCCUAACAACGAACCCCCGGCACCUCCACUCCCUUCUAAGCACUACACCAAGCACUAGGUGUGUGGUACGGAAUUAAAACUAUUUUUAGUACAAGAAUAAACUCUCAAUACAUGAAAUCAUUUUUGUUAGUUUACCCCAGAUUUUAGCCACAAUCAUUUAAUUGUCAGCUUACAUGUUUAACAUGUCAGGAAAGUUUUAUUCAAGAUAGGUUGUUUCCUCUCAAUUCACUUUUUACCCAAGAAUUUUUUUAUCACUUAA